AUGCGAAAAAUAUCGCGUUUUCGCAUUUUUGCCCUACACACAGCAAAGGCGAAAACGCGAAAAGACGAUGGGAGAUCGAGGGGAGAUCGAUAUUUAUAGCGCAAAAACGCGAUAUUUUUCGCAUCGUGUUUUCGCUUCAUCGCAUCGUGUUUUCGCUUUUAUCGCAUCGUGUUUUCGCGUCAAUGCUUCGUGUUUUCGCGAUUUCGCCCUUAGGAGACAGCGCGAAACCACAAUGGCCCUAACGGAACACCGUAGUUUCCAGAUUAUGCAUGUUAAAUGCAUGCUAAAUUUAUGUUCACCUAGCAUUCAAUACACUGUUUUGUACGCGUCGAUAGAUCUGAUUCGCGGUGUAGAUAAUUUAUGUACGAUACGGUACUUAACCAUUCUCAACUGAGAUUUCAAAACUGAUAUAGCAAAAUGGAGAAAACAUGUGAAAAUGGUGUAACAGCGGAAAAUGAUGAAUGUGGAAAAUUUAUAGUGGAAAUCGAUGAUGGCAUUAAACUAAAGGACGGAGAAAUCAACAGGGAGGUAGAAACUAGAGCAUACAGGCAUCGAUUUAUUCAUACAGCCUGUGUGUGCUUUAGUAUGUUUUCACUAGGAUGGAGAAAUGGACUGGUCGGCCCAACCUUUCCAGAUUUACGACUAAUCACGAAUGAAGAUCUGUCGACGGCUUCUUGGUUAUUUACGGCAAUUUCUUUUGGGGGAUUGAUAGGUUCAGUAUGCGGAGGGUUUGCCUACGAUCGCUUCAACAAGAUCGCCGUAUUCAUCUGUAUCGUCAGUGGUCUGGGUAUUGUUGCUGCUGUCGCGCCCUGGUGUUCACACUUUGCCGCUAUGUUUAUCGUGCAUGCUCUGCACGGGGGUUUCGCAAGUGCACUUGAUACAGCUGCCACAGCCGAUGUCACUGCGAUCUGGAGACAGAAAGCUGGACCAUUUAUGCAGGCUGUGCACGGUAUAUUUAGUGUUGGCGCAAUAAUAUCACCAUUCGUUUCCGAACCAUACAUGGCGAAGAAAAUAAUAGCAGAAAGCAAGCGGAGUAUUUCUUUGUGGAACACAUCGAUUUCAUAUUUGGAAUCAUCAACGCCUGUUUCGGAGUUUAAUUCUUUUGAGACAUCCUCUAAACCUUCUAAUUACUCAUUAGGAACAUUGUUAUCAUCUAGAUAUUCUAUUGCAGAAGAAGUGACAUCAAACUUCUCAAAUUUCACAUUCGGAGUUUCAAACGUUUCUCCGGAGUCUUCUGCGUAUAAUUAUGGAGAAACUUACAUUUACAUUCCAUAUUCUAUAGCAACAUUUGUAUGUUUUAUAGCUGCGUCAUUUUAUGUAGCCAUUUAUUUCAUUUACGGAAAUGUGUAUAACUUACCAGUGUAUAUUCACAGUAACACUAAAAAGACUAUACCACAGAGAGAAUACUUUCUUUCAAAGAAGAUGAAAAUAGUAUUCACCAUUCUUUUAGCACUGACUUUAACGUUUUAUGUGAUGAGUGAACGCAGCUUUAUAGGAUUUCUAAUGACCUUCAUUAUAACAGAAUUAGGCUGGAGUAAGGCAAGGGGUUCCAGUGCGUCCUCCGCGUUUUGGAUAGCAUUUGCAACCGGUCGUUUGUCUGGUAUCAUAAUUGUAAAAUAUGUACAUCUUUCCAUAGUGAUUAUGACAUUUUUCCUUAUAAUCACUUCCGGUGCUGUGUUACUUUGGCUAGCUGUGAUAUAUGGUAUAAAUUUGCUAAUCUGGAUAUCCGUCGCCAUCGUCGGUUAUGGUAUGUCUGUAAUAUUUGCCUCGAUAUUUUUAUGGCUUUCAGAAAAUAUACGAAAGCUGACGGGCAAAAUGGCAAGCGUUUUGUUCAUUUUCUUCUCCUCUGGUGCUAUGGUGUUUCCGAUUUUGGUAGGACAUCUUAUGGAUAAAGUUUCUCAAAUGUGGUUUAUAUACACACAACUUAUUUUAUUUUGUGCAAUGUGCUCACUCUUCAUUUUUGUGUUGGUGCUGUUUAAUAUUUUGAAGAAACGUCACGAGACCUCUAAAUGAUAAAAAUGACUUUAUGUAUAUGUACUGUCAAUGCGUUUUAUUUCUUUUCUGGAAUUCACUGAAGAUAAUGCCUUAAAUUUCCGUUUAUCAUUAUUUAAAAAGUUAAUUUUCUUGACCAUGUACUGCGUUGCUGUAAAUUCAAAUAAUUAUAUUCGCCCUAUUACUUUCCAUUGAAAUUUUUGACGCGAUUCAUGGAUUUGCCGAUCCUAUUCUGUCGUUCAUUUCGCAUGAACACAGAAAAAUAAUCAUUUCAUUUCUUUAAUACGUGUGUUAAAUGCAUAUUUUUAUAUCUUAUUGUGAUAUUUUCAUUUUGAUAUGUUGAAAAUGUGUGACUUAACAGUCAAGGGACAUGACAUUUAGUUUUGUAGAAACUUUGCAAAAUGUACAUUUGUUUACAUUUUAAGUCGCCAUGCAAAAUGUACCUUUGUUUACAUGUUAAGUCGCCAUGACCCAUGAUUGUGUGGAACGGGCUGCUCGUGGCCAAAUUCAUUCGUGUAUGUUACUUUUCGAGUUCAUUUUAUUGUUGAUAUGCCAUAAUAACAAGCACAGUACAAUAUCAUUAAACUGGAAAACCUA